AUGUGUGAUAAUCGCACAAUUUCCAAAAGUACUUUUGGACAAGAUGCCCACAUCCACCAGGGCGACGCGAUUGUGUAUUUCGAAGGCAGCGUGAGCGUGACUAACAACUACGGCAUGUCAUCGCCUGAAACUACUAGUACAAACAGGAGGGACGGAGAAGAUGGCAUUCUGCGCCGUCUCUAUACAACGCCAUACGAAGACCGAAAGAACCGUAACCCGUCUCGGGUUCCAGGCACUUGUAACUGGUUCACAUCGCACGAGCUCUUCCAGGACUGGCAAGAGAGCAAAUCUUCAAGACUGCUUUGGGUAUCGGCGGAUCCUGGGGGUGGAAAAUCAGUUCUAGUAAAAUACUUGGUCGAUUCUGUGCUUCAGACUACAGAAUCUAGAACAGUAUGCUACUUCUUCUUUAAGGACGAUUUUUCGGACCAGAGAAAUAUUGUUAGCGCUCUAUGCUGCAUCUUACGCCAAUUGUUUAUACAAAAGCCUCUUUUAUUCGGCGAUAACGUUCUUCGUCAGUUUGUUACAGGCGGGGAAACCUUUUUUAACUCGUUUGCCGAACUCUGGAAAACUCUUAUUCAGAUUUCUAAAGCCCAGAGCGCUGGCGAAAUUAUCUGUAUAUUUGAUGCCAUUGAUGAAUGUGAAGAUCAAGGGAGAUCUCAGCUGGCUCAAGAGCUAUGCAAACUUUAUGAUGCUGCGAAUGACUUUCAUCUCAAAUUUCUUCUUACAAGUCGGCCUUAUGGCAAGAUCCAUCGUGGUUUUAGACCUCUGGAGGUCCCAGGGCUGCCAGUCAUUCAUUUGAGCGGUGAACAAGAGGACGAAGUACGGAAAAUCUCGCAAGAAAUUGACGUUUUCAUUCGAUUUAAAGUUCAAGAAAUGGGAAAACGGCGAAAGCUUCUAGAGGAAGAGCAGAACCUCUUACUUCAAGAGCUUAUGAAAAUCCCCCACAGGACGUAUCUAUGGGUAUAUCUUACACUCGAUUUGAUUGAAGGAGAUAUUAUUGUCGACCAAACAAUAUUUAACGCUGCCUCUUGUAUCCCAGAAACAGUGGAUGAGGCAUACGAGAGGAUUCUCUCAAAGAGCUGCGAUUUCGAACAGGCUAAGAAAAUAUUACAUAUUGUUUCAGCAGCAGCAAGGCCUCUGACCCUCAAAGAGAUGAAUUUGGCCUUGGCUCUUCAAAAAUGCCACCAAUCGAAUAACAACAUCAAACUCAAACCCGAAGAGCGUUUCCACCAGGAACUACGAGAUAUUUGCGGCCUCUUCAUAACAAUCUUCGACUCAAAGAUAUACUUGCUUCAUCAAACUGCGAAGGAAUUCCUGAUUAGUCAUAGUCCAGAUCCUCUAACGGAUAUUUGUGAAGAUUUUAUAUGGAAGCAUUCACUAAAUGUGCUCGAAUCUCACAAUAUUCUCUCAGACAUUUGUAUCUGGUACCUAUGCAACUUACAAUUCGACAUAAAUCGCUAUGAUGGGGCCAAAGCUUUAUGUCUACGUGCUGAAGACAUGAUAUUUCUCGAUUACUCUGCAAAAUACUGGGCGAUUCAUUUCCGUGAGCUGCAUAUGAAACUCCAAAAAGACAAGACUGAAUUAAUACUGAAGAUAUGUGACGUUGAAUCAGAGCACUGUCAGAUGUGGUUGGAAACUUAUUGGACAAGCACGAAUACCGAAUAUCCCCAAGGAUUUACGAGCCUUAUGAUUACAGCUUAUUUUGGAUUGCAAACAGCAGUCCAAUACUUCCUUAAUGAUAAAGUUGACAUAAAUUCCCAAGAUUACACAUACCAGCGGUCAGCGCUAUCCUGGGCUGCAAGAAACGGCUUUGACACGAUUGUCAAGUUAUUGAUUUGGGACACCUCGUUUAGACAAUGGCCCAUCAGCUUUCUGUGGAGGAAAAGGGUCAAAAUCGAUCAAGUAGACAUAUACGGCCGAACACCGUUAUCAUAUGCCGUCUGGAAUGGAAGCACAGCCAUAGUCGAGCUACUGAUUAACGCAGGUGCACUGGUGCAUCUAAUGGACGAAUUAGGCGGCACUCCAAUAUCCUAUGCCUAUUUUGGCAAAAACGAACGCAUAAUUCAUAUUCUACUUCGAAAAAAAGAUCAACUUGCUAUGAAAAAUGAUAUCCACAAUCUGCUGUUCUCAGCUGCGGUAAAAGGCCAUGAGGAGGUUGUCGAACUACUGCUAAAGACAAGUAGGGUCAGUCCGAAUGCGAGGAAUAUGAGAAACGAGACUCCUUUGCUAUGCGCUGCAAAGGGAGACCACGAAGCGGCAAUAAAGGUACUUCUUGAAAGAGGAGCAGAUCCGAACCAUCGUGACAAUUUCAAUCAGACGCCCUUACUUUAUGCCGCAGAGAAGGGCAAUGUGGCAAUAGUAAAUGCGUUACUUGGCAAAGGAGCAGACCUGAACUACAAAAAGGAUGGCGAUAAGACACUAUUGCUCUGUGAUAUAAAAGGAGAACGCCAAAAUUACCAAAUGGAUGUCGGUGGGACACCAUUGCUAUGUGCUAUUAAGGGAGGCCAUGAGCAAAUAGUGAGAAUUCUACUGGAAAAAGGAGCGGACCCGAACUCCAGAAAUAUUGUCGGUCAGACGCCUUUGCUAGAUGCUGCAGCGAGGGGUAGUGUAGCAAUCGUAAAGGCAUUACUUGACAAAGGAGCAGACCUAAACUACAAAAUUGGUACCAGUGGGACACCAUUGUCGCAUGCUAUAAGAAGGGGCCAUGCGGAAAUAGUGAAGAUUCUACUUGAAGGAGGAGCAAAUCUUGAUCGCAUGUCUCUUUUCAUUGCUGCGAAACAUGGCCAAGAGGUAGUAGUGAAGGCAUUGCUUGAAAGAGGAGUAGAUCCAAAUCGUCAAGAUUGUUUUAAUCGAUCAUCACUUUCAUAUGCCGCGCAGAAGGGUUAUACGGCGGUAGUGAAGAUACUGCUUGAGGGAGGAGCGAGUCCAACUCAUCAUGAUCGUUUUGAUCGAUCAUCACUUUCAUAUGCCGCAGGGAAGGGUCAUACGGAGGUAGUGAAGAUACUGCUUGACGCAGGAGCAGAUUCAAGACCGCAGUUUCACAUACAGCGAAAAAAGCCAUAA